AGACCAGUAUAAAGACUAUUUACAGCAGCAUCAAAAAUAUGGGAGAAAGCUCAGUACACAGUAGCUUAUCUUCAUCAUCAACAAGACUAUUGAAACUAUUCGGUUUUCAGGUGACGGAAUGUGACAAAACCACGGCGCAGCUUCCUCCACCGCCACUUCCAUUGGAGUACAAGAGAUUUGAGUGCCAAUUUUGCCAUAGAGAGUUUGCAAAUUCUCAAGCACUAGGUGGACACCAAAACGCACACAAGAAGGAAAGGCAAAGAACACGACGAGCUCAUCAUCAGCUUUUCCGUCCAGUAAUUCCUGUGAUCGAUGCACACGCAGUAAGAUCAGGAGUGUUGAUUAAUAAUAAUAAUAAUAAUAAUAAUAAUAAUAAUGUGAGUAUGUCUAGGUAUCGGUCGCAGAUACUUUCAGGGGUUCCACUUCGAUUUCAGAUACAUGUGCGUCAACAACACAAGAUGACCGUUCAAAGUCCAGAUCUUAAUGAAGCAGAGGUUGAUCUUCAUCUACGACUUGCACCUCCCAAGGACUGAUCAUCAAAAAUGUACUCAUACAUAAGAAUUUAGUACUAGUAAUAAUUAAGUAGUUCCGUUUUCCUUCUUUUAUUUCUUCUUGCUUUUCCGAUCAUAUGCAUUAAAGGUUAGUACUGCUCUCUCUUUAUUUUUAUUCAUUUUUACUGUCCAGUUUGAACCCUGCACAGUAAAUUUUUAAGA